CCGUGGUCCAAAGUUAUGAAUUUAGCGUCCUCUAUUUUACUGAUAAGCGAAUUUUCAUUUAAAUUCGUUCAUAAUUCUAUUUUUGCCCACAUUUUAUAUGGAAGGGGAAGCACUGUGUAUCCUUUCGAUUGGUGUCUAUUUCUUUUGGCAUUUAGAUGGGUGCAAUUAUUGCAUCCUAACUUAGUCAUAGCCUGGACCGACAUUUUUUAGGCAACCCAUGUUCAAAAGUAUUCUUUUCACAUGAAGUUUUAUAAGAAAUACGUUUCAUCCGGUGGUCCGAUGGGUGCAAAUCGACAAUAUGUUCGUAUCUUAGGCAAAAUUUUUUCACAAUUGUUGUUUCGAGAUUUAAAAUUAGAAUGUGUGUGUGAGUUUGAGUUUUGAAUUUUAAAACUAUGUAUAUUGCUUGAAAACGGACUGCUUCUCGAUGGUUUUACCAUCUUAUGUUUUUAUCAUGAAACAAACCCUACAUGCAAAACUCAAUUGAUCACAUGCUUUUAAGUUAAGACAAUUUAUGUACAGGGUCCGAGUUUCCUAUCGGCUGCUCUGGGGGGACCAUAUUAUAAUAGAAAUCCACGCCUUUACUGAUAAAUGAUCCAUACAUAUUAAUUAGCCGAUGGGCAAAUAUUUAAUAAAAAGAAAUUUUCUGUUUAUUUUUUUGUUAGCCCGUGAAUUCAAUUCGGAAACUUCUGUUAAUUUACAUGAAAAGCGGGUUCAUUUGUCAAAGAAACCCAAAUCAAAGGAAUGUCCGAUAUGCCACAAGAAAUUUGAUAGAGACUAUUUCAAGCAGCACAUUCAAAAUGUUCAUACAUCAGAGCGUAAAUUUGUCUGCGAUAUUUGCGAUGAUGGGUUUAAAAGUUCUACUCUGCUCCAACACCAUAAGCUAUUGCAUUUUGAGCGUAAAUUUCCAUGCAAUAUAUGUACAAAAAAAUUCAUACGUUCAAGUGAUCUUAAAGUGCACAUGCGUUCUCACACUGGAGAAGAACCAUUCGAAUGCCAUUUGUGUGACCGACGGUUCAAAAUAAAAGUAAAGCUCAAUUAUCAUCUGCAGCAACACGCUGGCAUCAAACGAAAAUGUGCAGAGUGUGGAAAAGAGUUUAAUAACGUUAGACAAUUGAAAAUCCACUCUUACAAACACACCGGGAUGCCAUAUAGAUGUUUGGUGUGUGAUUAUAGUUGCGUAAAGCGUGAAGUGUUCAGGCACCAUUUGUCGAGGAUGCAUAAUAUGACUAUAACUCCCGAUGAGUAUCGUGCUAUGUUCAAAGCAAAUACCGGCCGAAAUCCAUACGUGAAACCUUUAGAGGAGUUACUAGCAGAGGAGCAAAAAUUGGAAUAUAAUGAACAAUGAAACGAGUUUAUCUAUUACUAAAAAUAGUAAAAUAAACAAGUAAUUUUUAAGCAAAAAACAAAACCGCCUUCAAUUAUCAUAUACAAA